CUAGUGGCUAACAUUUGAUGAUUCCUCUAUCCUCCGUGCUGUUUGUGCCACAUGCGCUCGGAGCCUCUCUGCUGCUCACACGUCAGACCGUUCUGCGUGCCUGCAGCGAGGUCAAUGUCCUCUGACAGGCGCGUUCUCGCGAGACUUCGACUAUCUGGACUACAGGACUAUCCGUUCAGGGUUACCUGAGAGGACAGGCGCUUGACGAUACAGACCUGACAAGGUAAACAUGUCUCAUAAUGAUGAAGGUUAUGUCGUGCGGAUCCGUGGUUUACCUUGGUCAUGCACACAGGAGGAAGUGGCCUCCUUUUUCUCUGAUUGUGACAUUGUAGGGAAAGUCAAUGGGGUGUGUUUUACCUUCUCCAAAGAGGGAAGGCCGAGUGGAGAGGCGUUUGUAGAGCUGAAGACAUCAGAAGACUUUAAAAGGGCUUUGGCAAAAGAUCGCAAAUACAUGGGUCACCGUUAUAUCGAAGUGUUCAGGUCAAACCGUAGUGAGAUGGAUUGGGUGCUGAAACGCUCUGGUCCCACAGACUAUGACAGCAGCAGCGGUUGCAUGUUGCGUCUUAGAGGACUGCCGUUCGGCUGCAGUAAAGAAGAAAUUGUACAGUUCUUUUCAGGGUUGAAAAUCGUGCCAAAUGGGAUAACAUUGCCGAUGGACUACCAGGGGAGGAGCACAGGGGAAGCCUUCGUGCAGUUUGCCUCAAAGGAGAUAGCAGAAAAGGCUCUGGGGAAACACAAGGAAAGAAUAGGGCACAGGUACAUAGAGAUAUUCAAAAGCAGCCGAAAUGAAUUGCGUGCAUACUACGAAGUACCCCGGAGGAUGAUUGGACAGAGGCCUAGUCCAUAUGACAGACCCCUGAUGGGACGCGGGAACUUCUUUGGGCCCGGGUCUGGAAGGGGAGGUGCCGUCCUGGACCAGAUACGCAGCGGAGGAUAUGGUGGUUUUGACAACUACAAUGGCUUUAACAACUACUGCUUUGGUAACGGCAUGUUUGAAGAGCGUGUGCGUGGUGAUAGAGGAAGAGGAGGAAUGGGGGGUCAUGGUUACAGCAGCGAUUCAAACUCAGGCUUUCACAGCGGCCAUUUCGUGCACAUGAGAGGCCUACCGUUCCGCGCUACGGAGGCAGAUAUUGCACAUUUCUUUGCCCCUUUGAACCCUGUGAGGGUGCACAUUGAUGUAGGACCUAAUGGAAAGUCUACAGGAGAGGCAGAUGUUGAGUUCAGAUCACAUGAAGAUGCUGUGUCUGCCAUGUCAAAAGACAAGAAUCAUAUGCAGCAUCGUUACAUUGAGCUUUUCCUGAAUUCAACUUCCAGUGGGCCGUCUGAAAUGGGCCGCGGAGGAGGUUUCUAUGGCAACUCUGGUGGCAUGGGCUCUCGAGGAAGUGGACUAAGGGGAAUGUACUGAGGAUGCUUGCAAUACAUGCACUUUUCAACCCAAAGUUGGAGCUUCCAGCUUGGAAGAUCUUUUUGUACGAAUAUGUUUUCACAUGUUCCUAUGAAAUAUGUCCAAAAUAUUUUACAGGCUUGAAGAGUAUGAGCUGUUGCAUAUAUAUAUUGACCGGCUACUGUACAUUUUGCUUAUUGAAUUUUAUAUUACAUAUUCUGUGUUGGUCUAUGAUAUGCUCUUUGUAUGUAUUUUGACUCAAAAAUGGUUAUGAACAGCUUGAUUCCCAAGUUUCGAGUGUGAGAUUGCACUUUUAAAGCAAUAACAUCAUUUUGGAUGUUUACCUGUUUUUGCUGCUCAGUAAAAUUUCUAAUUGAAACCUGUGAAAUUUACACAUCCAUGGAAUAAAACCUUUUAUUGGUAUAUUUUAUUUUUAA